UUCAAAUUCAUCAAAGUUGAUUCGAUCUCAAUAGAUUUGUCUUGAAUUACAUUUACAAAGAUUUGAAAAAUGUCGGCAAAAGUAUUUUGCAUUUUAUUUCCUCUGAUAUGUUUCCUAUAUUUGAUAACUCCAACAAUGUCUCAAAUGGUGAGUAGUACUUAUGGUGGCUGGAGCAACGAUCCUGGUUUCGCGAGUGGCAUGAAAAAUAUGCUGGACUAUCUGAAAAAUUACACUCAUAGUGGAUACGGCCCAGUUGGGAAUGGGUUUACCGGUUCAAUGCACGUUGCCAUGCCACAGUUUGGACCAGCAAAACCGGCGGGUGGAAAGGCUGCAGGUGCACUGUAUCCUUUAAUGUUUUUUCGGUUUUAGGUGGUGGUGGAGGCGACAGUGGCGAUGGUGGUGAUGGGUAGAGAUUUCAUGGCAUCGUUUUGCUGCCGACAGUACUGAAAAUAUGAUGAAACUCAAGAACCCAUUCAUUCUAUUGCUGGAUUUAAGAGCGAUAUUUCUGAAAAUGAGUGGAUUUCAAUUUUCAUGAUAUUUUCAAAGUAAAUUUUUGUAACACUUAACUUAAACACAUUUUUGUAAAAAUGUCUUCAGUAUA